UUGAACAAAAUGAUUUACGACAAUAUUACUAAUUAAAAUUCUAAGUGAUUUAGUAAAACCGUGUUUAAUCAAAAACAAUUUACGCAAGUUAAAAAAAAUAUUUUGAGGUGUGCAUUUAAAAAAAUCACACAAAUCUGACAACCUUUAUAUUAUUGAAAAUGACUUCUAGAACUAUCGAGAGAUUUGAAACUUCUGUUAAGAAAAGAGAAGGUGGGGGAUUUAUGGUUCGAAGGCCAGUCGGAGACAAGAUUUCUAUUGUAGACCCUUUCCUUAUGUUAGAUCAUCUAGGUCCAACUGAUUAUGGUCCUGGAGAAGCAGUUGGUGCACCAGAUCAUCCUCAUAGAGGCUUUGAAACAGUAACAUACGUGAUAGAUGGGGGUGUAUUUCAUCAAGAUAGCUGUGGAAAUAGUGGAAAUCUUGGUCCUGGUUGGGUUCAGUGGAUGACUGCAGGAAGCGGUGUUGUGCAUAGUGAAAUGCCAACAGAAGAACUGCUCAAAAAUGGAGGAAGAAUGGAAGGGUUUCAACUAUGGGUAAACUUACCUAAAGUAUUAAAAAUGUCACCUCCGCGAUAUCAAGAUACACCUCCAGAAAAACUCCCUCUUGUUCAAAUACCAGAUGAGAAAGGUUCUGUGAAGGUAAUUGCUGGUGAAUAUCUUGGUGUAGCAGCAGCCAUUGAAACCAAAAUACCAAUUAUGUUUCUUGAUAUUACCUUAAAUAAAGGAGCGUCUAUUGAUGUUCCUAUUCCUGACAAAUAUAAUGCAUUUGUUUAUGUUUGGAGAGGAGAAGGAAUGUUGGGAAAUGAAAAGCAGCAUGCCGUUCAUGGACAGGUUGCAAAAUUAAGUGAGACUGGAGACGUAUUUUAUUUGGAAGCGUCUGCCAAUCAUAAUAUGCAUGUCUUAGUACUUGCCGGUCAGCCUAUAAAUGAACCCAUUGUACGCAACGGUCCUUUUGUGAUGAACACACAAGAAGAAAUCAUCCAAGCUUUUUCGGACUACAAAAGUGGAAAACUUGGUGGAACAAUUGAAGGAGCAGAUGAGCGCUAUGCUAAGACAAAAGCUGCUGUUGAAAAAAGCAAAUCCACCGGCAAUUGGGAUAAGCAGUAAAGAAGAAGGCAACGUUCAAUACCAAAAAUCUUUCGUUUGUUUCAUGAAAAGAAAUUUUCUAAACUUUUAUAAAAAAUUAUUAAUUUUUUUUUUUAUAUAUAUGUAAUGUCUCGUAAUUCUAAAGUAUAAGAAUAAUAAAGUUUAUAAAUACUUUUUAUUUAUUUUGGCGUAUUUUUUAAAUUAAUUUUUUUUUUUUUUUUUUUUUUUACGUAUUUUUUAAGUUAAUUUAUUUUGACGUAAUUAAUUUGUAAAUAUAAACUUUUUUUAAACUUAUUUAUUCAAAAUAGAAUUUGCACCAGAUAUUCUGAUUUUUUGUAUUCAAAAUCUAUUUUUUU